AUGGAUUCGACCACGCAGACCAACACCGGCACCGGCAAGGUGGCCGUGCAGCCCCCCACGGCCUUCAUUAAGCCCAUUGAGAAGGUGUCCGAGCCCGUCUACGACACCUUUGGCAACGAGUUCACUCCUCCAGACUACUCUAUCAAGGAUAUUCUGGAUGCCAUUCCCCAGGAGUGCUACAAGCGGUCCUACGUUAAGUCCUACUCGUACGUGGCCCGAGACUGCUUCUUUAUCGCCGUUUUUGCCUACAUGGCCUACGCGUACCUGCCUCUUAUUCCCUCGGCUUCCGGCCGAGCUGUGGCCUGGGCCAUGUACUCCAUUGUCCAGGGUCUGUUUGGCACCGGUCUGUGGGUUCUUGCCCACGAGUGUGGCCACUCUGCUUUCUCCGACUCUAACACCGUCAACAACGUCACCGGAUGGGUUCUGCACUCCUCCAUGCUGGUCCCUUACUACGCCUGGAAGCUGACCCACUCCAUGCACCACAAGUCCACUGGUCACCUCACCCGUGAUAUGGUGUUUGUGCCCAAGGACCGAAAGGAGUUUAUGGAGAACCGAGGCGCCCAUGACUGGUCUGAGCUUGCUGAGGACGCUCCCCUCAUGACCCUCUACGGCCUCAUCACCCAGCAGGUGUUUGGAUGGCCUCUGUAUCUGCUGUCUAACGUUACCGGACAGAAGUACCCCAAGCUCAACAAAUGGGCUGUCAACCACUUCAACCCCAACGCCCCGCUGUUUGAGAAGAAGGACUGGUUCAACAUCUGGAUCUCUAACGUCGGUAUUGGUAUCACCAUGUCCGUCAUCGCAUACUCCAUCAACCGAUGGGGCCUGGCUUCCGUCACCCUCUACUACCUGAUCCCCUACCUGUGGGUCAACCACUGGCUCGUGGCCAUCACCUACCUGCAGCACACCGACCCCACUCUGCCCCACUACCACGCCGACCAGUGGAACUUCACCCGAGGAGCCGCCGCCACCAUCGACCGAGAGUUUGGCUUCAUCGGCUCCUUCUGCUUCCAUGACAUCAUCGAGACCCACGUUCUGCACCACUACGUGUCUCGAAUUCCCUUCUACAACGCCCGAAUCGCCACUGAGAAGAUCAAGAAGGUCAUGGGCAAGCACUACCGACACGACGACACCAACUUCAUCAAGUCUCUUUACACUGUCGCCCGAACCUGCCAGUUUGUUGAAGGUAAGGAAGGCAUUCAGAUGUUUAGAAACGUCAAUGGAGUCGGAGUUGCUCCUGACGGCCUGCCUUCUAAAAAGUAG